AUGGCGGCGGGAGCGGCGUACGGUGGCGGCGCUGGUCCGUUCAUCUUUUGGUUCAAUGGAGAUCGGUUCAAUGCAGGUAUUUUCUCAAGGCCGGCUACCCUGUCAUCUUCAUCCAUCGCCGUGGGAGCAAGCAGCCUUACUGUAGGUUUCUUCCAGAGGAUUCCUUUCUCGAUCUUUUUGAGCUCGGUGAAGACUCGGAGAUCCAAGGCAACCAGAUUGAACGGGUACGACGCGGCGGCGCACCUGACGGAGGAGACAUUCUGCAGCAUCGGCAUCAUCUCCGUCUUCGGCUGGGCGUACAUUCUGGCCCUCAUCUUCAGCAUCCAGAAAGCAGAUCACAGUACUUUAGAUGACAUAACAAACAACAACACAGUUUUAGUUCAACCACCUGUGGAUGAGGCUGAGCGGAAGAGGGAAGAGAGGAAUAGAAAACAACGAGAAUACCGAGCAAGGAUAAAGGCUAACGAAACUGACGAGCAGAGAGAAGAGAGGAAUAAAAGGCGUCGGGAACAACGAGUAUUGAAGAGGACAGAGUCAUCGACGCAUACUAUAGGGCCUGAUCAUGUUACCAGCUCAAAUAGGCAAAGGGCCCUCGCAAAACGAGAGAGGUACAAUAAUAUGAAUGAACACGGCAAGGAAAACAUGUUGCAGAGAAAAAGGGACUACAAGAAAAAGAUGAGGACACAGUCAGCCGAGGACCAUCUAGAGGCACCUCGUGCUUUGGAUAUUGAUGAUCUUCUUGAUGACGAAGAGACCAGGCAGUACAUUGGUGAAGAUGGUGCUUUCGAGUCCAAUCGUGUCAGUGUUAAUGGUGUUGAUCUGAAUAACAAUGAAGAUCCUUACGAUUAUGUCUACCAAAAUUUUCCUGAUAGGCACCAUGUUCUGAGAAAGGUGUCAGGAGCUGUUACGACGAGGGGUGUGUCCAGGCAAACAACAAGAAUAUUGGCCAAACCAAACAAGGAAUUAGAUCCAACAGGAAAGUGCACCAAGAAUAUAGUGUAUAAAGAUGUCCUGCAAUGGUGA